AUGAGCUCACAUGUCGUCGUUCUAGACUCGACUGCUCGAAGAGCCACAAUCAAAACGACACCCGGGAAACAUUUGACAGAUAUCCUGCAAGAAGCAUGCGCUAAACUCGGCUUGAAUGCGAGCCAGUACGGCCUCAAGUACAAGGGCAAACAGCUCGAUCUUUCUUUGGUCUUCCGUCUCUCCGGCCUGGCUUCCGGUGCGAAACUUGAAUUAGUACAGCUCUCCAAAUCGCCUUCCAUUGUCACGGUCGCUUUACAGCUGCCCGAGGCAGAAGCUCGAGGUGUUCCCAACGGACGGCUUCUAGACAAGUUCCCCAGCACAACAACGUUAUGGCUAGUGCUGCGCAAGUUUGAGGCGGGGGUCGCAGGUGGCGGACCGACUCGAAAUUUCACUGGGCGAGGCGUCCCAGUCGCCAGUGCCGGCAACGAGGGAUCCGGACGCUUAUUUUACGAGACUCCGGUAGUUCAGGUCAUGGGGCGAGAACUGUCGACAUUCCAAGAUCUCCAGAAGUCGCUAGCACAGCUUGGAUUCAAUAGUGGGAAUGUCUUGGUCAGAUUGAGUUUCCGGCGGACAGAGGAGCCUCUGGAGGUGGCUAUGAUUAAGAUUCAAGACUAUUUCAAAGCGGCUGAGGAUGCUGCCCCGGAACCACAUGAGGCGGCCGCUGCGCCAGCACAACCUGAGACGGUUACCGAUUCGAGCCAACCUCCACAGCAAGUACCGAGUGCUGAACAUGCCGACCCUCGGGGUGCAGCAGCAGCAGCAGCAGCACCUGCGCCAUCAGCACUAGCACCUGAACCUCUUUCUCAUCCCUCCAUUACCUCUACCGAACCAUCUGCUGUGAUCCAGCCCUCAUCGCGACCAGUCACAGUCUUCUCAGCACCGUCCAACACCACUCCGCAGGCCGCGCAAAUGACGUAUAAUGAAGACGACUACAUUCCAUCUGUGGACCAAGCACAAGCCCACCAGCGCCGUCUCAAUGCCGCCUCCCGGCCCGUCCGUCUUCCCACGGAUGCAGAAAUCGCCGCCAAAGCAGCAGAGGAGGAAGAGAAGCGUGCAGCGAUCAGAGAAGUCGAUGUCAAGGUUCGCCUUCCGGACCAGAGCCAGAUUGUCUCGAAGUUCGGGCAACAAGACACCGGCGCAACGCUCUAUGGCUUCGUAAGAAGUUGUUUGACGGAGCAAUUUGCCGGCGAGAGAUUCAUACUCACGUCCUUCCUUGCUGGGCGCCCGGGUUCAGGUGCGAAAAAGAUUCAGGGUAUCAUUCCUGAUACAGAUCAGACGUCCUUGAUCAAGGAUCUUGGCAUGAUUGGUCGAGUCCUCGUCACCUUCUCUUGGGACGCAAGUGCGUCUCCCGCCACUCGAUCAAGCAGAGCAAAUCUUCUGAAGCCUGAGCUCCGGAACCAAGCUCAGGAGAUCAAGGUUGAACAGCCGCCAGAGUUGAUGGAUAAUUCGCGAGAUACUGUCCCACCGAAGGUGAGCGGACCCGGCGACCGCGAUGGAGAGAAAUCUGGAGGACGCAAACCUGGCGGGAUACCCAAGUGGUUGAAACUGCCGGGAAAGAAAUGA